UUUUUUUAGAAAAUGGAGCCUUUUGUACUUCGUGGAUUUCUUUACGAAAAUCACUGGCCAAUAAUGGAAUUGUGGACAGAAAAAUAUUUACGUGAUAAUUUUGCUAAAAAUAAAGGGCCUGUAACUGUACGUUUUGGAAAUAGAGAACAUGUAGAUGGAGAGAUUCUUCAUGAUCAUAAAAGUAUAAGGCACCAAUUUGAAAAUUUUUCUGUGAUGUUGGAUUGGAUGCUUGGUCAAAAUGAAAAAGAGUUAACAUCAACUUCUACAACAGAAUCCAAAAUUAAUUCAUCAACUCAUUGGGCAUAUUUUGAUUAUCGAGAUAUUUUGGAAUUAUUGAGUGAAGAGAAUGCUUCCCUUGUAGAUUGGUCUAAAUUAAAUAUUUUCCCUCCUUCCUCUUCUGAUUUAAAAAAUUGGAAAGAUUCGACUGUUUGGAUUGGUUUUAAAAGACUUUUAAAAAAUUAUUUCCUUUAA